AUCUUUUGCAGUCGUUGCUCACCGGUGCUGGUUACGGAACGGACACUAAAAGGGAAUUAAAGUUAAUCAGCUGUCAUUAAUCCUCCUCGGAGUCAGGUCGCGUCUCUAGUAUGAAAACCAUGUUAGCAAUCAUCUCCAACGCACUUUGUAGGAUCACUGGCAAAAAUGUGGGAGCCCAAACAGUGUCGGAGCUGCUGAUUGACCUGUCAGAGUACGUCAAUCUAACUUCACCGGCGGCGCCCGCCUUGGCACUGACCCAGCGACAACCACCUAAACCACCACCAGUCAGUACUAGAUCGACUGCUGCACAGUCAGUUAGCAUCCAGCCCGAGCAGCUAGACGGACCAGGUGGCAGAGUCGUCGUCGCUCGCUCAUUUACUGACUUCACUCCUCAGGCGACCUUUGACAUCAAGAAAUGCGACGUGCACCGUCUGGAGGAGGGUCCUCCAGAGAAGGCGGAGCUGACCAGGGAGCAGGGCCUGCAGUAUUACCGCACCAUGCAGACUGUGAGGCGCAUGGAGCUCAAAGCCGAUCAGCUCUACAAACAGAAGAUCAUCAGGGGCUUCUGUCACCUGUACGAUGGACAGGAAGCGUGUGCUGCAGGCAUCGAGGCCGCCAUCAACUCCUCUGAUCAUCUGAUCACAGCCUACCGCGCCCACGGCUACACGUACACCCGCGGCGUGUCGGUUAAAGAGAUCCUGGCUGAACUCACAGGUCGGAAAGGUGGCGUGGCCAAAGGGAAGGGAGGAUCUAUGCAUAUGUACGCGCCACAUUUCUACGGAGGCAACGGCAUUGUGGGCGCACAAGUGCCUUUGGGCGCAGGGAUCGCUCUGGCCUGUCAGUACCAAGGCAAUAAUCAGGUGUGUGUCACGCUCUACGGAGACGGAGCAGCCAAUCAGGGCCAGCUAUUCGAGUCAUUCAACAUGGCCGCUCUUUGGAAGCUGCCUUGCAUCUUCAUCUGUGAGAACAACAAAUACGGCAUGGGAACAUCGGUGGAGAGAGCGGCAGCCAGCACCGACUACUACAAGAGAGGAGACUUCAUACCAGGACUGAGAGUGGACGGGAUGGACGUCCUGUGUGUCAGGGAGGCCACAAAGUUCGCUGCUGAUUACUGCAGAUCUGGAAAGGGUCCCAUUGUGAUGGAGCUGCAGACCUACCGUUACCAUGGACACAGCAUGAGCGACCCUGGUGUCAGCUAUCGCACUCGCGAGGAGAUUCAGGAGGUGCGCAGCAAAAGUGACCCCAUCUCCUUGCUGAAGGAGCGCAUGCUCAGCAACAACAUGGCGGCAGUAGAGGAAUUUAAGGAAAUGGAUGCAGAGAUCCGUAAGGAGGUGGAAGAGGCGGCUCAGUUUGCGACCUCUGAUCCAGAGCCACCGCUGGACGAGCUUUGCAACCACAUCUUCUACAACAACCCACCGCUGGAAGUCCGCGGGACAAACCCCUGGUCCAAACUCAAGUCUGUCAGCUAGACUCAGCCCUGUUAGAGGCUCAGUUAGAUGCUCCAUCCUUCUAAGCUCCAGAGCCUGAGUCCUUGCUGAGCUAAGGGCUGCUUCGGUGCACCUACACCCUUGACUUUAGAUCUCUGCACCUUAACGGGACUCGGUUUUUACCUUAAACCAGCCAGUAUUAUUUAUUUAUAGUUUUAUAUAGAAAUAUGUAAGUUAUUAUUCCUGCUGCACAUCUGACCAGUCUGUUGGUGUCGGUUCAUAAUUUGAUCAAGUUGUUUGAAGUGAGAAAAUAAGAUGCAUCGAGUCUACUUGACAGGUGAGAAAUUCUGCAGGGCUGCGCAAUAUAUACGCACAAAACUUGUUUCAUUCUUUGAUUGUGGGAUUUUUUUUUUCUAUGACUGGUUCAUUAUAACGUCCUUCAUGUUUACCUGAAAAACAAAUGUCAGUUUUCUCCAAGCUGUCAGCCGCUUGCUGUAUAUUUGGGACUUUUCACACUCUUUCCUUGCUGCUUUCAAAAUGGACAAAAUGAGUUUAAAGGCAUGUACAGUAAAAACUCUUUGAGUACUUUUCUCACAUAUUUCUCUCAUUUUCUAAGCUGUGGAACAAACUCCAGAUACCACCAGUGUGAAAGGAGUUUAUGAAGAAACCAAAGCUAAGCAAAUUUAGAUUUUGUGCUUCACAAGAUCACCUGGAUGCUUCAAUUUUAAAGACGCUCUCACUCACGUUCCACUUUGUGCCUAAACUGAACACACAAACAUCUCAUUGGGUUUGAUUUUGUGCGAUGUGAAACUAAACUGAUGGGAGAUGUUCAAAUCGUGGCUAUUUUGUAGUAGAAUUUUGUUCUACACAUUAGAAAAUGGAGCAGGUAUGUCCAGACUUGUACUGGUGCUCUUCAUGUAUCCGUUAAGGCUUGUUUUUAACCAGUUGCAGUACAACCCAGCAUAAAUACCACUUUUCCACCUGACUGCAAUAAAACAAAAUCUUAACACCCAACAGAAAUCUGCCUGCUUAACUCACAAGCAGCAUCAGCUUUCUGAAGGCUUGGUGGGUCAGAGUUGAAGGAAAGUUCAGAAGGAAUCGCUCUCCUGUGCUGGGGAAUAAAAACACUACAUUUUAGUUUUUAUAGACAAACGUCAGGAGUUCUGAGAUCACUUAUUAUGGCAGAUGUUUCAUGUAUAUCUGUGUACUGAGCUUGUACAGAACGUUUUGCUAUUUCACUGUUAAAUGCUGUACACUGGAAGACUGGAAGACUCGAUGUAAAUAAAUAACAUGACCAAAAUGGGGAAAUCCUG